AUUGAGGAUGUGUCAAUUGAUGAAGAUAAAGUUAAUGAUGGUUCAAAAGAAGAUAUUGUAGCUGAUGAAGAUGGAAUAAGUGAUUUUGAUGACGGAAUAGAAAAGUAUGAAGAUGGAACAACAGAUGAAAAAGAUGUAUAUGAAGACGAAGAAGUAACUGAGCUUGAUGAUGAAGAAUUAGUUAGGAUUAAUAAUGAUAAUGAUAAUAAUGAUGAUGAUAAAGAAAAAGAGGAGGAGGAAGAAGAAGAUGAUGACAUGAAUAGUGAUGAGCUUGGAGUGGAAGACCCUAGUAGUGAGGAUGAUGAAGAUUUUGAAAAUAAGAAAGGAUUAUCUGAAGAGCUUGAUAUUUCAGCUGAGCUUGAGCUUAAUGUGCUAGAUGAAGAGCUUGAUAUUUCAAAUGAGGAGCUUGAUAUUUCAGAUGAGCUUGAUGAAGAGCUUGAUAUUUUUGCUGAGCUUGAGCUUGAGCUUGAUGUUCCAGUUGAAGAGCUUGGUGUGCCAGAUGAAGGGCUUGAUGUUUCAGAUGAAGAGCUUGAUAUUUCAGCUGAGCUUGAGCUUGAUGUGCUAGAUGAAAAGCUUGAUAUUUCAGCAGAGCUUGAGCUUAGUGUGCUAGAUGAAGAGCUUGGUGUGCCAGAUGAAGAGCUUGGUGUUUCAGCAGAGCUUGAGCUUGGUGCCAGAUGA